CAGUGCAGCUCUGCAGAACACCUACCACGGAAGAAAGGCAAAAAAGAGAGCGCUGAAGUCUGACAAUGAGAUAAUGAAAGGAAGGCACGGAGGUGAACAUCGAGAAAGAAGAUACAGAACUGCCGGCAGAAACUGAAGAAAACAAAGAUGGAGUUGUGGCGGCAGUGUGCAUUGUGGUUGAUUGAAUGUCGAGUUCUUCCUGAUAACCACCGGGUCACAUGGGAGGGCGCACAGGUGUGUGACCUGGCUCAGGCUCUGAGAGAUGGCGUGCUGCUCUGCCAGUUGCUGAACAACCUGCUGCCUCAGGCCGUCAACCUGAGAGAGAUCAACCUGCGCCCACAAAUGUCCCAGUUCCUGUGCCUGAAGAAUAUCCGCAAGUUUCUGGGAGUUUGUCAGGAGAGGUUUCAUCUCAGGAAGAGUGAACUGUUUGAGGCCUUUGACCUGUUCGAUGUUCGAGACUUCGCAAAGGUCAUACACACUUUGUCCACCCUCUCUCAUUCAUCCAUUGCUACACAAAGAGGACUCCAGCCUUUUCCUCUGGAGGGAUGUACUACCGAUGAUGAGACCUACAGCAGCCUGUCCGACCAGAUAGACGACACAGUGGACGAGGAUGACGACUUGUACGACUUUGUGGAAGACGAGGAGGACGAAGGAGAUGAGAUCUAUGAAGACUUGAUGAGGACGGAUGAACAACCUGAAGCUCAGCAGAAGACUGGAGUCGACAAGCGAGAGUGCUGCCUGCAGGAGAUCAGACAGACAGAAGAGAAAUACUCUGAUACACUGGAAUCUAUAUUACAGCACUUUAUGAAACCUCUUGAAAAGUUUCUCCCGACUCAAGACAUUGAGAGUAUCUUCAUCAACAUAAAGGAUUUGGCCAGCACCCAUCGUAAUCUGUUGGAGGAGGUCCGGACUUCCAUCUUACACUGUGGAGCCAAGAACCUGUACCAGGUGUUCCUGAACUACAAGGAGAGGCUCUUACUGUACGGUCGUUACUGUAGUCAGGUGGAAACGGCGACGAAACAUCUAGACAAGCUUUCAAACACGAAGGAGGAUAUCAAAAUGAAACUGGAGGAGUGUUCAAACAGAGCAAACAGUGGGCGUUUUUCUCUCAGGGAUCUACUCAUGGUCCCAAUGCAGCGAGUCCUCAAAUAUCACCUGCUGUUACAGGAGCUGGUGAAGCACACCACUGACCCUACAGACAAAGAGAACCUCCGCACAGCUCUUGAUGCCAUGAGAGACUUGGCGCAGUCCGUGAACGAGGUGAAACGGGACAAUGAGAUCAUCAGACAGAUCACCACCUUCCAGUUGUCCAUAGAAAACAUGACUCAGUCUCUAGCUCUUUAUGGUCGCCCCAAGAUCGACGGAGAGCUGAAGAUCUGCGGCCCAGAGAAAAAGUCUAAACAGGACAGGUAUGCGUUCCUCUUCGAUAAGGCCAUGUUUGUGUGUAAGAAGAAGAGUGGAGAGACUUUUGAGCUAAAGGAGAUCAUAGAACUACAGAACUACCAGAUACGAGAUGAAACCACAGGAGAAAAGGACAAUAAAAAGUGGUCCUAUUUGUUCCUCCUGCUGGACUGCUAUGGGAGGUGUGGGUACGAUUUAUUCUUCAAAACCAGAGAGCUGAAGAAGAAAUGGCUGGAACAGUUUGAGAUGGCUCUGUCAAAUAUGUGUCCAGAGAACUGUGCAGCCAACAACCAUGACUUCCAGAUGCACUGCUUCGAGGAAACCACCAGCUGCAAGGCCUGCUCGAUGCUGUUAAGGGGGAUAUUUUUCCAGGGCUAUCGCUGCACACGCUGUAAAAUGGCUGCACAUAAAGAGUGUUUAGGCAGAGUUCCUGCCUGCGGACGAAACUCAGAUCAUGCUGGCACUGUGAGGAAGAAUAAAACACACAGGACCUCCGGACAUUCCAGCAUUGGAUUUCCCAAGAUGGAGGUGUGUCAGGAGUAUUUUGGCCUGCCGCCGCCCCCCGUGGGCUUCGGCCAACCGCUUCACCUCUCCAAAGGUGACAUCAUCGAGCUGACCCGGGCCGACGUUGACCUGCCGUGGUGGGAGGGACGGAACCUGACUGUAGGACAAAUGGGAUGGUUCCCCUGCCAAAAAGUUCAGCCCUACGUCUCUAGGCCGACCCCUGACCUGACUGUCUUCCACUGUGCACUGCAACAGGGACGGAGAAAGUCCACAGAGCUGUUACAGAGAACAAUGGCCACAAAAACAGAACCAAAUACUGAAAAGUGCUGGUAUAUCAGGCUGUAUUGUGACACUGGUGGGAUCUAGCAGCUCACACUAUUUUUUUCCAUUAAGUUAUUAGUCACCUAUCAUAUAGUCACUGUUUUCUGCCAUUCAGCUUGUGGUAAUAACAAAGAUGUUCUAACUCCAGAGGACACACAGUGCUGGAAAUAACAACAAAUAAAAUCAAAAACAGCUCCAAUGUCAAGGAUUUGAAAAUGGAUUACUCUGGUGCCAUCUGGUGGCUUUAUGAAACAUGACACUGUGGAAUGAGACAAACACAUCCCACUGACAGAACCAGUUUUCACCCACCUAAUGUGUUUCUCCAAGCAAAAACUUUCCGUCAGAAUCAUUUGAAAGAUGCACCGGUGAUAUAAUGAUUCUACACAAACACACUGUCCCCUAAUUAGCAUUUAGAAUCAGUAUAUAAACAUUUAAUUAAAUGGUUUAGUGCACACUUACAACUGUAACUCCUCCUGUUUAAACCCAUAAGGCGAGGCUGCUGUAUAAACAGAUAAUGAAAGACAAAACAGUAAAACACAGUUUUAAUAAUGAUAAAUAUCUCGUCAUAGGAGAAGCUAUAACCGCUGACAAAUAUUGUACAUCAAUAAUGAAAAACAAAAUUUUAAGUGUCCUCACAGCUCAGUACAACUACAUUAUAGUGUGUAAUUGCUUGUAUGCUUCUUAUAGACAGGGGCACUUAAAGUGUUUUAGUGGAACAGCCACUUUGGCUUCAAGUGGCAGAUCAUGGAUUAAAUGCUAAAACUUUUGCAGAAGCAGCAGCACCAGCAAAGAGAGUCAGAAAGCGAGGGAGCGAACUCAUCACUGAUGGAUUCAGCUUCUCAUUAACUCAUGAUUGUGUUGUUUCUUCUUUCAAAUGUUACAUCAUCUUGCUUUAAGCAAAAAAUGAGGCUCUGACUCUCACUGUGCUUGAAGGUACGCAGGGAACA